CAGGGGGGGAUCCGGCUCCCUAGUCUCGAUUACAGUAGCCCCUUAGUUGACGUCACCACUGGAUUGGGCAUACUAGAGCGACCAAGCGCCAAGUGCUAAACCCGCUCGUUAAACUAUUUUUCGUCUCCUUGUAUCUGAGAGUAGAGAGGGAAUGUGGUUGUUUAGCAGGACAGGACCAUCUGGAUUCUCAGCUUCUUCCACUGCGGAGGAAGUGACGCAGGGGAUUGAUGGGUCUGGUCUCACUGCCAUUGUCACAGGAGCAUCAGGUGGUAUUGGCUCUGAAACAGCACGUGUCCUUGCAUUGCGUGGCGUUCAUGUGAUUAUGGGAGUUCGGAAUAUGGAAGCAGGCAGGGAGGUUAAAGAAUCAAUAAUUAAGGAAAACCCACGUGCAAAAGUUGAUACCAUGGAAUUGGAUCUAAGUUCAUUGGCAUCUGUAAGGAAAUUUGCAGCAGACUAUAGAUCCUUAGAUCUUCCCCUGAACAUUCUCAUUAACAAUGCAGGAAUCAUGGCAACUCCUUUCAUGCUUUCCAAAGACAACAUAGAGCUUCAGUUUGCAACAAACCACAUUGGUCACUUUCUUUUGACAAAUCUGCUAAUGGACACCAUUAAAAAGACAGCAGGUGGAAGUAGGAAAGAAGGAAGGAUUGUGAAUGUCACAUCACGGCGUCACAAGUUCUCAUAUCCAGAGGGGAUUCGUUUUAAUAAAAUUAAUGAUUCAUCGGGGUAUAAUUGUCUAUCUGCAUAUGGUCAGUCGAAGCUUGCAAAUGUUUUGCAUGCCAAUGAACUUGCAAGGCGUCUACAGGAAGAUGAGGUAGAGGUAACAGCAAAUUCAGUUCAUCCAGGACCAAUCGCCACCAACCUUUUUCGACAUCAUAUCAUUCUCAAAGGUGUUGUUGAUCUUCUUGGUAAAUAUGUGAUAAAAAAUGUAGAGCAGGGAGCAGCAACUACUUGCUAUGUUGCGCUGCAUCCACAAGUUAAAGGGUUGAAUGGCUGCUAUUUUUCAGACAGCAACGUGGCCGAAGCUAGCUCGCACGCUACUGAUGCCAAGUUGGCGAGGAAACUAUGGAAUUUCAGUUUAGAUUUGGUCAGUAGUUGCCCAGGUGCAAGGAAUUCAAAAUAACUUUUACCGUUGAUGUAAAUUUUGAAUGGAAGCAAGCAAUUCUUACCAAGUGCUUUUUAA